GAUUUUGGAGGUGACGAAGCGCAGAUGAGGCGAGCACACUUGAUCACCUCCAGAGCCGCAUCUGUCAAAACGAUGAUUGCCGCUUACAAGCUACCCUCGUCGGCUAGCCCUCCUCUCGACAAGGAGCCGUAAUCUCUGAUCUCUCGAGAUGGAUCCCGCUAUCGACGGCUUCGUUGACCGCCUACGCGAUAUGUUCGGCGCACUGCCAGCCUCUCUGCGGCCGAAUCCCUCAUCCUACGGCCAUCGAGAGCCGCUGCUGGGCUUCCUCAGCCACUCGGCAGGCCCAAACCAGGUGCACACCACCACGCCGCUGCGCUGCUCGCCCACCGACAUCGACCUGAUGCUUCAAUUCAUGACCAAGAACGGGGGGCUCACUGAGGUUGUCGAGCGGGAUGGGAUCAUCACACCGAUUGCCGUGUCCGUCGCUGACGAGGCGAUGCUGGUGGACCUUGUUGAUGAGGACAAGAUUGUGGUCCAGGGUGUGAGUCCAUCGCAGCCCCAGCAGCCCCAGCAGCAGCAGCAGGAGAGGCCGGCUGUGAAUUGGAAGGCGCUCUUUGCUGAGGAAGAUGAGGACGAGGACGACAUGCAACCGCAAGAUCAACCAGAGCAGAAGGGACAGCUCAACGAAGGAGAGGGAGAGAGAGAGGGUGACCAAGUAGCUGCCGGGGAGCAAGGUCGCUGCCAUGGAGAAGGAUAAGGGAACACACACGCUGCUGUCCUGCAUGUGGCCUGUGUGUGUUUCAGACAUCAUCGUCACUCCCGAGGCACCAUGCCAACAGGAAGACAGCAAGGAGGGAACCAAGGACACACAAGAAGAACAAGCCAACACGGAGGGACCAAUCGCACCGCCGAUGCAGGAACAGCCCAUCGCAGCUGACAAGAUGGUACUCAGCGCACACGCACACACACAUCGGCGAUGCACACACUUGCACAGAGCUGCUGGUUCUCCCUUGUUCAGGAAAUCACGGUACAGCAGCCGGCCGAGGACAUAGAGGACGCACCAAAGCCAGAGCAGCCACCUAGCCACCCUGUCGCUCCUCCGUCGCUGUCCGAGCAGAUCGACACUGUCCACCGUGAGCAGGAGGAGCGUGAGGGUGAGAGUGGUCGGCUGGGUGUCCCGCCGCAGAUGAGCCCCGUGACCAACCUGACCAGUGUGAGGUCAUCGUUCAAACAAGACAACAAGGAGCAGGACACCGGUAGGACAGAGAAUAGGAUACACGCCCUAAACUAAACAUCCGAUGCGCGCGUGUGUAUGUUGUCUACAGAGGUCUUGAUGAACAUCCCGAGCUCGGAGCCAGACAAAGACAACAAAGCCGGAGAAGAGCAGCAGGCAGGCGACUCGGGUGAGCAGGAAGGAUCAGCGCUACCGCUACCGCAGUCGCAGCCGCCGCCAGAGGACCCCUAUGCAGAGGAGACCAAGGAGGACAGCAAGCCGCCAGCCCCGCCAGAAGACCCCUACGCAAAAGAAGACGAAGAAGACAACGGUGACAAGCGCAAGGCCGAGGGGGGCCGGAGGGAUGAGUCGCGGUCACCUCUGAAGAGGGGGGGCCAGGUGUCGACCAAGGACAAGGACAAGAAGGAGAAGGAGACCCCCAGGUCAAGGUACACCACCGACACCCGACCACCGAAACACAUGCAGAAAUAUGGUGUGUGGUGUGCAUCUACCUUGGCCACACCCUCCCUCCCCAGGCCCCUGCCACGGCCUCAUGAUGGUCGUCGUGGUGAGGGGGACAAGGACAAGCAGAGGGCGGGUGAGAGAGAUCGUGGACGGGAGAGGGAGGAGAGGCGGGCGCCAAGGAAGGACAGCAGGGACCGACCGAGGGACAUCGACCGGUAAGGGAGAGGGAUAAUCCAACCGACCUGUGCAACGGUGCUGUCACUGCAUUUCAGGCGCAGCCGUGAUGGCGGCCGCAGUCGGCCUUCACCCGACUCCCGCGAUCGCUCGCCGAGGAGACGACGGUCCCCGCCGGACAGACACCGAGAUCGAGACAGAGAUAGGCGGAGGAGGUACGUGUGCACGCACAAACAAGACAGAGAGAUGAAAGAUGAACCAUUACUCGCCGCUCUGUUGCCAAAUGCAUGCAGUCCUCCUGACCGUGUGUCAUCGCGUCGGCCCCCCUCCCGGCCGCGCUUCCCCUCCCACCCAUCGCCGCGGCGGCGGCGGUCGCCGUCUGAGAGGGGCCACCGAUACGAGAGGGAGGGCAGACGACGCGGAAAAGGAAGCCGCAGUCGCGAUAGGGACCGAGAUCAUCACGGGUGCGAUAUCUGUCCGACCAAAGCGGACGGAUGGAUGGAUUGAUGGAUGGAUGGAUAUGUGGACCGGUGCAGGCGCAGUCGGAGGAGUCGAUCCCGCUCACGAUCUCGCCACAGCCGUCGGCGGUCGCCCCCACCGCCCCGCGGCCGCAGCAGACCCUCACCCAAGUCAAAGAGGUCCCGCUCGCCCCCAUCCCCUCCCUCGUCCAGCAGCCGAUCGGACUCCGACUCAACGCCAGACGUCAAACGAGCCAGCAAAAAGACGAAGAAGGACGAGCAGACGAGCAGCGUGGCACCUGCUGCCGCUGCUUCCGGUUCGGGUGUUGCUGUGCCGUCCCCUGUCCACGAGGCUGCAAUGAGAGAGGAGGUGAUGGUUGGUGGUGUUGGUGACCUGGUGGCAGCGGCAGCUGAUGCAGCUGAGGAGGGGGCGGGUGUGGGCUGGUGGGGGGUCAGGGGCUCCAUCGACUGGGGCGUGAGGGAGAGCGACCUCAGUGAAGCCGAACAGGCCUUCCUGUAAGCGUACGUAUGUGAGAGGGGGAGGGAGAUGGCAUCGAUGUGUCUGUGCGUCUCGUCUCCCACAGGAAGGAUUGUGAGUGGGAGAGGGUCUCCGAGAUGUACAAGCAGAUACGCGCUGAGACGGUCGGUGAGGGACGCACUGGGCAAGAAGGAGGGGUCGUCACACUCCUGUGCGUGUCUUUCCCGUGCAUCCCGUCCAUCCCUUCAUGCAGGAUAGCGUCACGCAAAUCAAGCUGUGGACCGACUACCUCUGUCUCUUCCGCGAGAAUGCACGGCAUAUGGUGGGUGGGCACAGAUGUGGUAUACGAUCAUGUGUGUGUGUCAUGGUGGUGUGAUGCAGCACCAGGGUGGGACGUGGCUGUCUGUCGCGAAUUUCUGUCUAGAGGGCUAUCGGAAGGCGCACCGGGUCAAGUGCUACCUUACCGCAUUUGCCAUGUACGUCUGUGCAGCCAUCACACACACACACACACAUGGAUCGUGUGUUGUUCGGUCCAGGCUUCUGAUUGGCAUUGACGCCGCCGGCCACUUGGACCAGUGGUUCAGAAGGGUAUACGCUUCCACCCACUCACUCAUCUGCGUGCGUGAACGUCAUCCGCACCCCUCUCUGGGUGUCUGUGUCUGUGUCCGUGUGUGUGUGGCACCAGGAGUACGCCAAGUCCAAGCUGAAGGAGACUUGGCUGCCCAUGAUCGAGAAACGCCUGCAGGAACUCAGCAAGGGCGACGCACAACAACAGCAGCAGCAGCCCCAGCAAGAGAAGCAGCACCAACCGGAGGGCGCCUCGCCAACCUCACAGACACUAAAGCAGGACGACGGCCAUGCAAUGAGCCUCAGGUGCUUGCAUCUGGAUGGAUGGAUGGAUCCAUGUGGCUUGUGUCUUGUGUGUGUGCAGCGGUGAUCAGUUGGGGUUGCUCAAGCUGGUCAUGGACCACUUCGACCAGGUGGACAAGAACAGAGCGCUCUUCGACACUUUCCGCAAAGUAAGAGAGACGGCACUGUACACCGACAGAUAGAUGUACACAGAGAGAAUACAAUCCACCCACACGUGUCCCUCCCUGUCUGCAUGGGUGCAGGAGAAACAUGCCCUCCGCUGCUUUCUCGCGGCCCACCACCCCACCCCCCUCCACGCGUCUGUCCAGACCGACCCCUUCCCUCUCCCAGUUCCCUCCCCCGCAACACCAGCACCACCCCCUCCUGUGCGCUCUCCUGCUGGCUCACCUGCGCUCGCGUCUCAUCAGCAUCAGCAGCCGCGACUCAUCAGCUCCGUCGCAUCGUCGUCUUCCAUCGGCGGACACCCGCCCACACCACCACCACCAGGUGAGCCAAGUCGGUUUGCAUCUGCACACACAGGUGAAUGAAUGGGUGUGUGGAUGUGUGUGGCUGGUCUCAGGCACGUCGCCGCCCAAGCGUCGAUUCGACGUGAAGCCCCAGUGGAUGGUGGCCGCUCAGCAGCCCCCUCCCCCACCCCCAUUGCCGCCACUUGUAGAUCAGGAACAGGCGAUCAACAAAGAGGAGACCGCGCAGAGGGCUGAUAAUGAUGGUGGUGAGGGUGUGAUGGAGGAGCUGGAGAAGCGUCAGAGUCGGUUCGAGACGUCUGUUGGGCCGGUGAUUGAGAAGCACCGGCUGCAGCACCUACUGGGGCUUGAGCUCACGGUCAGUGAGAUGGGCACGUCCACGACUACAUUGAUACAUCCACCGUCCUUGUGUUGUGUGUGUGUGUGUUUGUGUGUGUGUGCAGCUGUCCCGCAGCAGGCCGACCACUGACUUCCUCUCCCUCUGCCGCCGCGCAUUAGCUGCCGACAAGGAGCUGCGCGACACGCCACACUACACUCAAUGGCGCACUGUCAACGUGGCUCUUUCGGUCCCCCCUGGCCACACUGAGACCAAGACGUCACCAGCUCCGUUGCUCGUGAAGGAGGAGACCAAGACAUUGACAGAGGGAGGGGUCGGGGGAGUGGGUGGGGAGGUCAAAACAGAGAAGGGCGAGGGUGGCGAGAGGGAUGAGCGGACAAAGGCUUUUGCGAAGGGCGUGAGUCUGCGGAUCAAAAAGAAGAAAGACAGGGGGGCGGCCAAGGCGGACGGCAAGUGAUGCAUAUCGCCGGGUGGAUUCAUAUGUGAAUGGACUCUGUCUGUGUCUUGGUUUGGGUGUCUCCUUAUGUCGACGACACGACGUCUAAUCAAUCUGGUGAUGGAUCCGAUCCGCAGCACUCAUCAUAUCAUCAUGUCAUCAUGUCUAAGUGUAUGGAGCUGAGCUGGGUGCGCCGUGGCUGCUGAUGCUGAGGGCUCCUCCCGGCCGUCCCUCUGGUCCAUCGUCGACCAGAGUGACGUACGAGGGGAUACCUCUCCCGAGCAGCCACAGCAUACCUUCUAGCUACACGUCAAUCAUUGGUCUAUACAAUCCAUGCGACCCAUUCAUUCACACACGUCUGUCU